UUUUGUUUUUUUUAGAUCAUAACCUCUGUAUUCAGGUUUGAAGCACUGUCAUUGUAUCAAUCUAGGUAACAAUAUAAUGCAAUAUGAUGUAUUAGUUCGAAAAUAAAAUAAGAGCGGGUGCUAGAAAUGAACGCAGACGUGUGUGUUUUUGUUGCGCCAGUGUGGGUGCUGUACCGUUGAGAGGCAGGCGGGGUACGCGGGUGUAGCUUGUUGCUGGCACUCAGUGCACUGGGCUGCAGACAGACCGAGUCCUGAUACAAUACGUGUCGCCCGUUCAGAACAGAGAGCUCGCCGGGAGAGUGGAUUAAAAAAAAGAACAUCUAAAUAAUUAAAAGAAUCUGCAGUGAUCAACAUGCCGGCCGUCCACAGACUGCUGCUGGAAGACGCGUUACAGGACAGUCCUCAGACUCGCUCCUUGCUCAGCGUGUUUGAAGAGGAUGCUGGGACGCUCACUGAUUACACCAACCAGCUGCUCCAGUCCUUGCAGCGUGUCUUCGGGGCUCAGAAUGAGAUGAGUUUAGCCACCCAGCAGCUAUCGAAGCAGCUUCUGGAGUAUGAGAAGCAGAAUUUUGCCCUGGGGAAAGGGGAUGAAGAAGUCAUUAGCACUCUGCAAAACUUUUCAAAAGUGGUAGACGAGCUGAACACUCUGCACACAGAGCUGGCUCACCAGCUGGCUGACAGGAUGGUGUUCCCCAUGAUCCAGUUCAGGGAGAAGGACCUGACAGAAAUAAGCACACUGAAAGACAUGUUUGCUAUUGCCAGCAAUGAGCAUGACGCGUCUAUGGCAAAGUACAGCAGGCUGCCCAAGAGGAGAGAAAAUGAGAAGUUGAAGACGGAUGUGGUCGGAGAGGUUGCGUAUUCCAGGAGGAAGCAGCACCAGGCCUCCAUGCAGUAUUACUGCGCUCUGAACGCGCUGCAGUACAGGAAGAGGGUGGCCAUGCUGCAGCCCAUGCUAGGCUACACACAGGCACAGGUGAAUUUUUUCAAGAAAGGAAUGGAUAUGGCUUCAAAGAAAAUGGAGAGCUUUUUGUCUUCAGUCACUAGCAUGAAUCAGAGUAUACAGAGCCAGCUGGACUCGGAGGCAGAAGCGAUGAGGCAGGCCCAGCGAGAGCUGCUGUCUGUGGAGGACUCGAUCUACAUGCCAGACCAGGACGCCGCCAACCCCCUCAUCAACAGGAACCUGGUACAGAAGGCUGGAUACCUGAACAUCCGGAAUAAAACGGGCCUGGUGACGACGACCUGGGACCGGCUGUACUUCUUCACCCAGGGAGGGAACCUGAUGUGCCAGCCACGGGGAGCAGUGGCUGGGGGGAUGGUCCUGGACCUCGACAACAGCUCUGUGAUGGGGGUGGACUGUGAGGACCGGAGAUACUGCUUCCAGAUCACCUCUCCGGACGGUAAAAUGCAUGUGUCUUUUGAUUGGAUCAGUGACUGGAGCUCUGGGCUACAGUCUGGAAGGUGUAUAACCCUCCAGGCUGAAAGUAAAAAGGAAUAUGAAGAGUGGAUCUGUUCUCUCAACAACAUCUCCAGACAGAUUUACCUGACAGACAACCCAGAGGCCGUUGCUAUCAGGCUCAAUCAAACUGCAAUACAGGCAGUUACCCCGAUAACCAGCUUCGAGAAGAGACACGACACCUGUGCUGAGAGGGCGAAGCCAGUAGCAGCGGAGCCCUCCGGCGUGGCUCCCCAGGACACCCCUGACUCGCUGGAGAUGAUCACGCCCGGGACCCCCAUCCAGUUUGACAUCAUGCUGCCAGCCUCCGAGUUCCUGGAUCAGAACCGAGCGGGAGGAGGGAGGCGCACAAAUCCCUUUGGAGAAUCUGAAGAUGACUGCGCUGUGCAAUCUGAAGACUCCCUCCUGCACCAGAUGUUCGUGGUGCGGUUCCUGGGGUCCAUGGCGGUCCGCUCGCAUCGCUCCACGGAGGUGAUAUACGAAGCCAUGCGGCAGGUACUAGCGGCCCGAGCCAUCCACAACAUCUUCCGCACAGCGGAGUCGCACCUCGUCGUGACCAGCAAGAGCCUGCAGUUGAUUGACCCUCAAACGCAGGUUACAAGAAUAAGUUUCCAGCUGAGGGAUGUCGUCCAGUUCGCAGCGCACCAGGAGAACAGGCGGCUCAUUGGCUUCGUGGUGCAGGGACCUGAGAUCUCUGAGGAGAUGGAGCCGUCGCUGAGCGCCUACGUCUUUGAGAGCAACACGGAGGGGGAGAAGAUAUGUUACACUAUAAGCUUGGGGAAAGAACUAAUUGAGGCAGAAAAGGACCCGGAGUCCCUGGCUCUGUUGAUGAAGUCGAUGCCUCUCACCAGUGACGGGAAGUUCCUCGUGCUGGAGAGCGAGACGGUGGGCGCUGUACAGAAUGGAGCUGAGGAGGGGCUGGAGUCUGAGGCCUAGUGGAGUAAAGGGGAGCUUUACUGCUGGGGUUCACAACACUACCGGUUACACAGCACUUAGCAGGGAGCACUGUGUAAAGAGAAGGGCAGGGCAGAGGUUCACGGCUGUAUUCUAUAUGAGUGCUUCUGGGAAUUUCAAUGUCGAGUCCUGUUAGAGUGAUUGAGUGAGUGUGUGUUGAUGGGGGGUUGGGAGAGAUUAUAAAGGCAUUCACAUAAUGAUCUGUGCUUCAGAGGCAGUGCUGGUAGUAUUCAGAGAUAAUCUGGACCUGCCCCACCUACAAGGUCUAUAGCAUGGUGUGUUAGGCCACUGUGUCUUUUAGUAAUGACUUCAAUCCAUUUAGUCUACCAGCAAGGUGUGUGCAGUGUGUGUGUGCAGUGUGUGCGUGUGC